AUGGUUACUACCGUACUAUCUUCCCGGCCAUUACAGUACAUAAUUUUCUGGGCUUGGCGAACUUCGAGAACUUGGCCAUCUGUACUGUUUGAUGUUGAUAAAACCGGCGGGGGCACGUGGUGGUGGGGUGAUGGAUUUUCUCUUCGGACCUGGGUCCGCUUUGCGCUAUCUUACGAAGUAGUACGAAGAACACCUGCUUCGUACGACGAUGUCGCCAAAAGUGGAGACGGGUAUGGUGUGGCAAUACUGACUGCUACCUACUUGACCGAGGACUGUAUCAGUAUAAACCAACCUGUAAUGAUUAUCGUACUCAAGGACCGGGCUAGGUCUCUGGCAUCGAGGACCCUUCCUCCUUCUUUGCGCAUGAAAGAGCCCGUGAACACGGGACGCAAAACUUGUGUCGCUGUUUUCCCCGUCUUGUCAUUCCUCUGUCAUCCAUCCGACCGCUCCACUCGGCCGGGCAAUCCAGGGUUUUCCAAUACGCACACGGCGGACGAAAUCGCGGCUCGUCUCUGCUUGACAGGAGUCUGGACCCUGCCCGCCUGCUGGGGACCGGUCUGGGGUUUACUGAAGGAACCAAGCUCGGAAAAAUUCUUGACGAGCAUCUUUUUUUUUCUCGAGUCUGUGCGCGCCCGUGGAGUGCUUUGACAGCCAGCCCGACCGGUCUGGCCGGAUCUCGGCUACAAUUGAAUCAAAGGAAAGACAAUCCGAAGACGGAUCAAAAUGGAAUCAUCCUUUCUGC